GUCCGAUCGUGUCGGCACCGAUGGCAUACGCUACGACACCCGCCCUGGUAUCUGCAGUUAUUGAAGGCGGAGGCCUGGGAUUUCUGGGCGCAGGCAAUGAGCCCGCGUACAAGAUAGCAGAUGCCCUCGAGGAAGCUCGUGCGGCCGUCAGUAAAGACAAGCAGCACCUCGUAGGUGUCGGCUUCGUCGGGUGGGUUCUGGACAUGUUCAAUAGCGAGGCGGAUCCCCGUCUGGCAACGGUUCUCGACAAGGCGCCUGCGGCCGUUUGGUUCGCCUACGGUCAGGAUCUCGGUAAAUAUGUCAAGCAAGUCCGCGAACACGACGCCACUCGUGACCACAAGACCAUCGUGUUCGUCACCGUCAACACCGUCGAGGAAGCUGAGCGCGCCACAGUCGAGUGGAAGGCCGACGUGCUCGUCGCGCAAGGUGCGGAAGCUGGUGGACGGGGAAGCAUCUACUCUCCGCCUACGGAGGAGUUCCUUCGGCUAGUCCUCGAGGUGAUACCCAGUGGCCCUCCCGUCCUCGUGGCAGGCGGCAUCAACACGGGGGUGCAGAUCGCGGCACUCCUGGAGAGGGGCGCAGCAGGCGUCGUCCUUGGGACCCGAUUCCUCUUCACGAAUGAGUGCAUGUUCCCAGAUGAGAUGAAGAAGACGCUCAUCGAGGCCGGCGCUGACUCGACCUCGAGAAGUCCUGCGUACGAUCUUGCAUUCCCGCCCAACGUCUGGCCAAAGGGAAUCGAAGCCCGUUGCAUCACCAAUGGAAUCAUGGCUGAUUUUGAGGAGGGCCUGCGCACCGAAGACAGGAAAGCGAAUAUGGCAAGCGGAAAGGAGGAAUAUCUUCUGGUCUAUGCUGGCACGGGUGUACAAGACCUGAACAAGAUCGAGAGCACGGCAGAUGUGAUGCAGAGCCUUCACAGCGAAACUAAUGCGGCGCUGAAGAAUCGUGCUCCUCAGCUGCUUGCACAAUCUUGAAGCUAUGAGAGGAGCAGGUUUUAUACGUGACUGACUUUACUUAUGUCAUGGAUGGGAGACGUGGGAGGUCUUUAGCCACGCGUAUCUACUUUGCAACAAAUUGUACACA